AUGGGUAUGUGUUAAAAUAAGGAAUCAGAAUACACAUAAAAAAAACCAAAUUUUAAAUGUGAUGUUCCAGAAGAAGAAGAUGAAGAUGAGAAAAUAGGAGAAGCUACACAAUUAUCCAUUGAAGGUGAGACUGUCACUUCCAAUUAGAAAUUAUCAUUAUAGGAUUUUGAAUUAAUUAAGGUUAUUGGUAGAGGAUCAUUUGGAAAAGUAUUACUAGUUAAAAAGCUUAAUGAUCAAAAACUAUUUGCAGUAAAAAUUUUGAAAAAAAAAAUGUUAUCUAUGAAAAAAUUUCAUGAUUAAGCAAUUUAGGAAAGGAAAAUCUUGUCAUUGAUAAAUAGUCCUUUUAUGGUGAAGUUGCAUUAUGCUUUCUAAAGUCCUUCACGUUUAUAUAUGGUUAUGGACUUUAUGUAAGGAGGAGAACUCUUUCUUCAUCUCAGAAAGAAUUCUAAAUUCCCUGAAGAAUGGGUUUAAUUUUAUGCUGCUGAGCUUUUGGUUGCUAUAGAUUUACUUCAUUCAUCAAAUAUCAUUUAUAGAGAUUUAAAACCAGAAAAUAUUUUAUUGGACAAAAGUGGUCAUAUAGUUCUAACAGAUUUUGGGUUAUCAAAAUUGGGAUUUGAGAAAAACGAAUUGACUUAUACAUUUUGUGGAACACCUGAAUAUGUAGCCCCAGAAAUUCUUUAUAGUAAAAAUUAAAUAAACUUUACAUAGAAAGGGGGCACACAUUUGCUGUUGAUUUUUACAGUUAUGGAGCUUUGAUUUAUGAAAUGCUUUGUGGUAUUCCUCCUCAUUAUUCAAAAAAUAAAAAAGAGAUGUUAUAAAAUAGAUGUGAAAAACCUCUUGAAAUGAAAUCUUGUUUUUCAUUUUAUGCAGCGUCUUUAUUAAAAGGAUUAUUAACCAAAGAUGUAUUAACUAAAAGUCUAUGAGUAGCCAGGAUUGAGAUUAGGGUCACAUGGAAUUAAAGAAAUAAAAAAACAUAACUUUUUUAAUGGAAUUAAUUGGUAAUUGGUUGAACAACGAAAAUUGCAACCACCUAUCAUUCCAUAUAUUUAAAAUGUUUAGGAUUUAUCUAAUUUUGAUACAGCUUUUCUGUAAUAACCUAUAGUUGACACUCCAGAAUCUAAAUAAAAUGAAAAUUUUGUUGGAUUCACAUAUUAUUAAUAAAUGUGA